UGACGGCUCUCAUUCGCGUUUUAACGUUUGCGCGGCGCUCACGCAACGGCUGAGCAGAGCAGAGCGGCAUAAAAACAACAAAUCAAUCUCCAAAUACCUCGUAUAGGGCGAACGCACGAGCUAUUUGUGGAGCAAACGCCCCUCCGCACAAACAAAACUGAAAAAUUUGUAUAUCGCGGUGGCUGAUAAGGCAAAUGGGCGCUGGUAAAAGGCCAAGACAAUGGCCAAAAUGCGAGCGUAAUUAACAAAAUGUGCGCCGAGCGACAAGUGAAUGAAAAUAGCUGAAAAAUAUAAGAAAGACAAAAACAGAAAACUGAAAACAGAAAAAAGGCCAAACAAAAAGUCUACAAAAGAAAAAGAAACAAAAAGUGUUGAAACAAAACCAGUGUUGAGAAGUGGCGCGAGGAGAAUUGCAUUGAGUGCUGAACUUGACAGCGCAGCGGAGGCGCCUACGGCCGGUUCCCAGGCAACCGAAUUGCAACUGUAUGUGUGCAUGUUAGUUUGUGUUCACUGUACUCGACUGCAGUGUGUAUCGCUGUGUGUGUGUGUGUGUGCGUACGGAAAUGGCUUAGCGCAAAAAUGUUGUGAUUAAAAGUGAACGUUUGUGUGUCAAGCGGGUUCAAGUGAAGCGAAAGCGUCAAAUACCAAAACAAAGUGAACUGCAACAACAAGCAAAGGCGCAACAACAACAACAACAACUCAUUAAGCAGCUGCAACAACAACAAUAGCAACAACUACAACAAUGGCUGCCAACACACUUGCAGCCAGCAACGCAGCACCACUAACUCCUACAACACCUGCAACUCCAACAACACCUACGACACCUGUGGACAGUCCCGCUCAGCAGCUGAACAACAGCGUAGAUAGCGGCAUCGCCGUUCUCGACGUGGAUCAUCAAGCAGUGAAGCGACGUCAGCGUCUGCAGCAAUGCCAACGCAUUCUACAACUGUUGCAGCGAGAUCAGCCCACAUAUCAGCAGCUGCGCGAUAGAUUAAGCAAAAUAGUUACCAAGAAGCCUAAGAAAUUGAAUGGCAGCGAUGAGCAGUGUAGCUGCAAUGUCUGCUGUGCAGAAUUGGAUUUAAGCAGUGCCAAAAACUAUGUCACAUGUUGCACGUGUGGCAAGCAGGUGUGUCGCGGCAUCAAGUGCGCCAAUUGGCUGCCAAAGGCAGCGCAAUGGGUGUGCGAAUUGUGCCACAGUUCGAAGCAGUCGCUGGAGCAAACUUCGUCCUGGGUGGCCGAGCAGAUGUCCUUCAACCAGCAGAAGUUCGUCUAUCCACUGCGGACACGCAGCGAAAUCUAUAUACCCAUAAGUGCAGAGCUCGCCGACAGCUCGAUGCAUUUCGAGAGCGUCAGCCAGGUCGGCAUGAAUACGAAUAUGAGCUUGGACGAGCGCAGCAGGAUAAGGGAAUACGUUGAGGAAAUUGUAGCGGAAAUGCUCGGCGGUAAUCUCGAUCACAUCAAAGUCGGCCAAUUGUCCAAGAGCGAGAACUACCUGCAGCUGUUUGAUAAAUUUCAUGCGAAAUUGAGCAAUAUGUUUAUCAAUGUGGAGAAUGCUUUAUGCGCACGUGUCUACAAAGGAGAUUUGCCCGCUAUUGUCAAUGGCCAUAACAAUAACAGCAGCAACAACAACAAUAACAACAAUGACCAACUGGCUGAUAUAUCACAGACACGUCUGCGCACGCUCAUCGAGAGCAUCAUUGCGGAAACUCUACGCAGCGGCAGCAACUCGCUCAAGACUCCGAGUGGCGCCGUCUCUGAGAUUAGCUUGGAUACGCGCUCCAAUGGACAGCUAUCCGGCUUUCAGAAUAAUAAUAAUAAGAGGCGCCAUCGCACCGAGCACUACUUCGAGCCGAAAAUCUAUCAGGAUCUGUUGGCCACAGCGGUGCUGAAUAAGAUUGCGGACAAGGAGGGUAACACCAGGCUUAUAACGGAGAGUACGCCGGAUUUGAGUACUCACAACAUUGAUGAGAAUUACAAUGCGGAAGCGUUGAGCACUACGUCCGGCAGUUCCAUAGAGCCGCGCAGCGAUUGCAGCCUUACGGAUCAUGAAUUGGGAGUCAAUGCUGGCAAAUCCGAGAAACAUGCUGGCUUGCAGUUGGAUAUGGAACGCGAAUCGGUUUUGAGUGACUAUAUAGCUGCUCACAUGGUGCCAUUGCCUGAUUUUUCAGCGUCCGUUACCGAAUCAGAAGAUGACAUUAUCUCAAUGUCAUCGAGCAUGGUCGGCGAUGGCACCUGGGAGGAUAAUUGGCUAUUCAAAAAGAAGCGCAGCACCCUGCAAAGUUCGGGCACACCGAGCAGCAUUGGGAUGCUGGUGCCCGCUCCUAAAGAGAAUAUUCGUGCUCAGAUUGGUGAUCGUACGGCCGACGAGGUUAGCGAUCUGUCCGAAAUGGGUUCCGAUGCAGAGGAAACAUCAUUGGAUCUGUUGCGUUGCGACAAUGCGCUGAAUGAUCGGCUCUUGAGCAAGCAUCUAAUCGGUGGACAGAAUACAAAACUAGUACUAGAUGAGCUAGUGGAUCGCACAAGUUUGACCUCAAAUACUUUGCCAGCGGAGCAUGAACCAGCUUUUACCGAGACCACAAAUCCGCUCGUUCAACAGCCCAUGAAGACAUCUAAGCUUUUGGUACCGCCACCUCCAAUGAGUUUUCAAGAUGAUGAUGAAGAUGAAAUAGAUGAUACUGCCCAGAAACCCAUCGCAGAUGACCUCAGCGAUCUCAGCGAGGGCAUAACGGGCUUCGGUGAUAUCGAAUAUCUAGAUGACAGCCAGCCACAUGAAAAUACGCCUUCGGUUAUUGAAAUACUAGCAGCCAUGGCACUGGGACCCAUGCUCGCUAUUCCAGCAUCUGAUCAACCUCCUGUUAUGACUGCCACAGAAAUUCAUACACUCAAGGAGUUAAGUGAUUUGGCUCUAGCCGAAAUUAACGCCCGCACAAUGGAGUUAGUUCAACACUCUCUGGACAUUAUUGACGAGGAGGAAGUCACGGAGGCACAAUCUACAUCUGAAGUCAAAAACUCUCAAGCUGCUGCUACUGCCCAAACCCUUCCACAAGAAGAAAUAACACAGGACAUCGAGGACAUUUCACUUACUAAAAUAUCUAAUGUUGAAAACUCAGAGAAAACGGAACUCAAACCUGAACAAACCUCAAUAUCUGCACAAGCAAUGAAGGAUAUUGCAUGUGCGGACAGCAUAUCACUACCACAAAAUCUUUCCAGCUCAACUCCAGCACAAAAGGUUAGCGCUUUAAUUAAAAAAUUUGAAGUGCAUGCUGCUCCAGAAAAACCUUCUAUUGGGAGAGUAACUGCUAAGACUGAGGAAGCUCCAGUGCCGGCAGAAGUUACUGGUGCUCCUGAAAAAGUUACUCAAGCUCAAGUCACUGCUACUACACAGGAAGUUACUUCAGUUGAAUUAACUACUACUCCAGAGAAAAUUCCAGCUCCUAUUGAGGAUGUUACUCCCGCAGAUGUAGCUGCAGUUCUACAAAAAGUUGCUACAAUAGAAGUAAUGGCUACUACAGUGGAAGUCCCAGAUCCAGUAGAGGUUGAACCAUCAAUAGACACAGUUCCAGAAGAAGUCACUGCUUCUGUAGAAGAAGCUACAGCGCUAACAACGCCGGAAAUUAUUCCAGUACAAACAACUGCAGCUUCAGAUGAAGUUACCCCAGCAGAAGUAACUGCACUUACGGAGGGUGUUACUCCAGCAGAAGUAAUUGCACUUACCGAGGGUGUUUCUGCAGCAGAAGUAACUACAACUGUUGAGAUAGUUCCAGUGCCAAUAGAUAAUAUUAUUCCAACAGAAACAACUCCAAUUCCAAAAGAAGUUACUCCAGCGGAAGUGACUGUACCUCCAGUGGAAGUGUGUGUACCUACAGAAGAAGUUACUCCAGCAGAAGUAACUACAGUUUCAAAGGAAAAUUAUCCAGUAGAAGGAACUGCUACUAUAGAGAAACUUUCAGUAGGGACGCUUACUCCAACAGAAGAAACUACAGCUCCAGUGGAAGUAACUUCAGUGGAAGUGGAAGUGUGUGUUCCCAUAGAGGAUUUUACUUCAGCAGAAGUAAUGUCUAUUACAAAGGAAGUGUCAGUAGAGACUGUUAACCCAGCGGAAGUAACUAGAGUUCCAGAGGAAGUUACUCCAGUAGAAGUAACUGCUGCUACAGAAGAAGUAACUACAGUGGAAGUAAAUGUAGCUCAAGAGGAAGGAGCUCCAGUAAGAGUAACUACUACUACAGAGGAAGUUGCAUUAGAGACUGUUACCCCAGCAGAAGUAACUACAAUCCCAGAAAAAGUUACUCCAGCAGAAGUAAGUGCUACUAAAGGAGAAGUUUUAGUAGCGAAUAGUACUUCAACAGAAGUAACUAUAGAUCCAGAGGUCGUAACUCCAUUGGAAGUAACUGCAACUCCAGAGGUCGUAACUCCAGUAGAAGUAACCACAGCUCCAGAGGAAGUAACUCCAGCAGAAGUAACUACAGCUCCAAUGGAAACAACUCCAGUGGAAAUAACUGCUACUACAGAGCAGGUUUUAGUAGAGACUGCUACCACAGCAGAAGUAACUACAGUUCCAGAGGAAGUUACUCCAGUAGAAGUAUCUUCACUUACAGAGGAAGCUACUUCAGCAGAAGUAACUGCUAUUACAGAGGAAGUUACUCCAGCAGAAGUAACUGCUAUUACAGAGGAAGUUACUCCAGUAGAAGUUACUACAGUUCCAGAGGAAGUUACUCAAGUUGAAGUAACUGCUAUUACAGAGGAAGCUACUUCAGCAGAAGUAACUGCUAUUACAGAGGAAGCUACUUCAGCAGAAGUAACUGCUAUUACAGAGGAAGCUACUUCAGCAGAAGUAACUGCUAUUACAGAGGAAGUUACUCCAGCAGAAGUAACUGCUAUUACAGAGGAAGUUACUCCAGUAGAAGUUACUACAGUUCCAGAGGAAGUUACUCAAGUUGAAGUAACUGAUAUUACAGAGGAAGCUACUUCAGCACAAGUAACUGCUAUUACAGAGGAAGCUACUUCAGCAGAAGUAACUGCUAUUACAGAGGAAGUUACUCCAGCAGAAGUAACUGCUAUUACAGAGGAAGUUACUCCAGUAGAAGUUACUACAGUUCCAAAGGAAGUUACUCAAGUUGAAGUAACUGCUAUUACAGAGGAAGCUACUUCAGCAGAAGUAACUGCUAUUAAAGAGGAAAUUACUCCAGCAGAAGUAACUGCUAUUACAGAGGAAGUUACUCCAGUAGAAGUUACUGCAGUUCUAGAGGAAGUUACUCCAGUAGAAGUUACUGCAGUUCGAGAGGAAGCUACUUCAGCAGAAGUAACUGCUAUUACAGAGGAAGUUACUCCAGUAGAAGUUACUACAGUUCCAGAGGAAGUUACUCCAGUAGAAGUUACUACAGUUCCAGAGGAAGUUACUCAAGUUGAAGUAACUGCUAUUACAGAGGAAGCUACUUCAGCAGAAGUAACUGCUAUUACAGAGGAAGCUACUUCAGCAGAAGUAACUGCUAUUACAGAGGAAGCUACUUCAGCAGAAGUAACUGCUAUUACAGAGGAAGUUACUCCAGCAGAAGUAACUGCUAUUACAGAGGAAGUUACUCCAGUAGAAGUUACUGCAGUUCCAGAGGAAGUUACUCCAGUAGAAGUUACUGCAGUUCGAGAGGAAGCUACUUCAGCAGAAGUAACUGCUAUUACAGAGGAAGUUACUCCAGUAGAAGUUACUACAGUUCCAGAGGAAGUUACUCAAGUUGAAGUAACUGCUAUUACAGAGGAAGCUACUUCAGCAGAAGUAACUGCUAUUACAGAGGAAGCUACUUCAGCAGAAGUAACUGCUAUUACAGAGGAAGCUACUUCAGCAGAAGUAACUGCUAUUACAGAGGAAGUUACUCCAGCAGAAGUAACUGCUAUUACAGAGGAAGUUACUCCAGUAGAAGUUACUGCAGUUCCAGAGGAAGUUACUCCAGUAGAAGUUACUGCAGUUCGAGAGGAAGCUACUUCAGCAGAAGUAACUGCUAUUACAGAGGAAGUUACUCCAGUAGAAGUUACUGCAGCUCUAGAGGAAGUUACUCCAGUAGAAGUUACUGCAGUUCGAGAGGAAGCUACUUCAGCAGAAGUAACUGCUAUUACAGAGGAAGUUACUCCAGUAGAAGUUACUACAGUUCCAGAGGAAGUUACUCAAGUUGAAGUAACUGCUAUUACAGAGGAAGUUACUCCAGUAGAAGUUACUGCAGUUCCAGAGGAAGUUACUCCAGUAGAAGUUACUGCAGUUCGAGAGGAAGCUAUUUCAGCAGAAGUAACUGCUAUUACAGAGGAAGUUACUCCAGUAGAAGUUACUACAGUUCCAGAGGAAGUUACUCCAGUAGAAGUUACUGCUAUUACAGAGGAAGUUACUCCAGUAGAAGUCACUACAGUUCCAGAGGAAGUUGCUCCAGUAGAAGUAACUUCACGUACUGAGGAAGUUACUUCAGCAGCUAUUACAGAGGAAGUUACUCCAGCAGAAGUAACUGCUAUUACAGAGGAAGUUACUCCAGUAGAAGUUACUACAGUUCCAGAGGAAGUUACUCCAGUAGAAGUUACUGCAGUUCGAGAGGAAGCUACUUCAGCAGAAGUAACUGCUAUUACAGAGGAAGUUACUCCAGUAGAAGUCACUACAGUUCCAGAGGAAGUUGCUCCAGUAGAAGUAACUUCACGUACUGAGGAAGUUACUUCAGCAGAAGUAACUGCUAUUACAGAGGAAGUUACUCCAGUAGAAGUUACUGCAGUUCCAGAGGAAGCUACUUCAGCAGAAGUAACUUCACUUAUUGAGGAACUUACUCCAGCAGAAGUAACUGCUAUUACAGAAGAAGUUACUCCAGCAGAAGUAACUGCUAUUACAGAGGAAGUUACUCCAGUAGAAGUUACUGCAGUUCCAGAGGAAGCUACUUCAGCAGAAGUAACUGCUAUUACAGAGGAAGUUACUCCAGUAGAAGUUACUACAGUUCCAGAGGAAGUUACUCAAGUUGAAGUAACUGCUAUUACAGAGGAAACUACUUCAGCAGAAGUAACUGCUAUUACAGAGGAAGUUACUCCAGUAGAAGUCACUACAGUUCCAGAGGAAGUUGCUCCAGUAGAAGUAACUUCACGUACUGAGGAAGUUACUUCAGCAGAAGUAACUGCUAUUACAGAGGAAGUUACUCCAGCAGAAGUAACUGCUAUUACAGAGGAAGUUACUCCAGUAGAAGUUACUACAGUUCCAGAGGAAGUUACUCAAGUUGAAGUAACUGCUAUUACAGAGGAAACUACUUCAGCAGAAGUAACUGCUAUUACAGAGGAAGUUACUCCAGUAGAAGUCACUACAGUUCCAGAGGAAGUUGCUCCAGUAGAAGUAACUUCACGUACUGAGGAAGUUACUUCAGCAGAAGUAACUGUUAUUACAGAGGAAGUUACUCCAGUAGUAGUUACUGCAGUUCCAGAGGAAGCUAUUUCAGCAGAAGUAACUGCUAUUACAGAGGAAGUUACUCCAGCAGAAGUAACUGCUAUUACAGAGGAAGUUACUCCAGUAGAAGUUACUACAGUUCCAGAGGAAGUUACUCAAGUUGAAGUAACUGCUAUUACAGAGGAAACUACUUCAGCAGAAGUAACUGCUAUUACAGAGGAAGUUACUCCAGUAGAAGUCACUACAGUUCCAGAGGAAGUUGCUCCAGUAGAAGUAACUUCACGUACUGAGGAAGUUACUUCAGCAGAAGUAACUGUUAUUACAGAGGAAGUUACUCCAGUAGUAGUUACUGCAGUUCCAGAGGAAGCUAUUUCAGCAGAAGUAACUGCUAUUACAGAGGAAGUUACUCCAGCAGAAGUAACUGCUAUUACAGAGGAAGUUACUCCAGUAGAAGUUACUACAGUUCCAGAGGAAGUUACUCAAGUUGAAGUAACUGCUAUUACAGAGGAAACUACUUCAGCAGAAGUAACUGCUAUUACAGAGGAAGUUACUCCAGUAGAAGUCACUACAGUUCCAGAGGAAGUUGCUCCAGUAGAAGUAACUUCACGUACUGAGGAAGUUACUUCAGCAGAAGUAACUGUUAUUACAGAGGAAGUUACUCCAGUAGUAGUUACUGCAGUUCCAGAGGAAGCUAUUUCAGCAGAAGUAACUGCUAUUACAGAGGAAGUUACUCCAGUAGAAGUCACUACAGUUCCAGAGGAAGUUGCUCCAGUAGAAGUAACUUCGCUUACUGAGGAAGUUACUUCAGCAGAAGUAACUGCUAUUACAGAGGAAGUUACUCCAGUAGAAGUCACUACAGUUCCAGAGGAAGUUGCUCCAGUAGAAGUAACUUCACUUACUGAGGAAGUUACUCCAGUAGAAGUAACUUCACUUACUGAGGAAGUUACUCCAGCAGAAGUAACUGUUAUUACAGAAGAAGUUACUCCAGUAGAAGUCACUACAGUUCCAGAGGAAGUUGCUCCAGUAGAAGUAACUUCACUUACUGAGGAAGUUACUCCAGUAGAAGUAACUUCACGUACUGAGGAAGUUACUUCAGCAGAAGUAACUGCUAUUACAGAGGAAGUUACUCCAGCAGAAGUAACUGCUAUUACAGAGGAAGUUACUCCAGUAGAAGUUACUGCAGUUCCAGAGGAAGCUACUUCAGCAGAAGUAACUGCUAUUACAGAGGAAGUUACUCCAGUAGAAGUAAAUACAGUUCUAGAGGAAGUUACUCCAGUAGAAGUAACUUCACUUACAGAGGAAGUUACUUCAGAAGAAGUAACUGUUAUUACAGAGGAAGUUGCUACAGUUCCGGAGGAAGUUAAUCCACCACAAGUAACUACAGAGAUAAAUGAAGUUACUCUAGCAGAAGUUACUACAGCUCCAGAGGAAAUUACUCCAGUAGAAUUGACUGCUACUACGGCAGAAGUGUUUGUAGAAAAUGUUACUCCAACAGAAGUUACUACAGCUCCAGAUGGCGUAACUCCAGUGGAAGUAACUGCAACUCCAGAUGAAGUAACUCCAAUAGAAAUAACUGCUACUACAGAGGAUGUUUCAGUAGAGACUGUUACCCCAGCAGAAGUAACAGCAGUUCUAGAGGAAGUUACUUCAGAAGAAGUUACUACAGUUCCAGUUGAAGUUGGUCCAGCAGAAGUUCCAGAGGAAGUUACAACAGUUCAAGAAAAAGUAACUCCAGCGGAAGUAACUACAGUUCUUGAGAAAAUUACUCCAGCAGAAAUCACCACAAUUACAGAGGAAGUUAAACCAAUAGAAGAAGAAGUUAAUAACGCAGAAGUAACUGCUACUGAAGUGGAUACUCCAGUCCCUACAGCAGAGAAAGUUAGCCCAGCACAAGGAUCUCCGAUUGCAGAAGAUAUUACUCCAGCAGAUGUAACUGUUACAGCAGAAGAAAUUCGAGCACCAGUAGAGGAAAUUAGUAUAGCAGAAUUAACUGUAGCUCCACAGGAAGUUACCCUAGUAAACACUGUUACUUCAACGGAAGUAUCCGCAGUUCUAAAUGAUGUUGUUGGACCUGCAGCAGAAGAGCAUGUUGCGGCUGAUCUUCGGCCUAAACUGAAGGAAACACUGCUUACUGAAGAGGUUUCUAUUAUUAAGCCUCAGUGUAAUCCCCUCGAAUCUGCAGAACUACCAAUUAAGGAGAUUGCUAGUGCUGGCAUUAUAUUAAAGCCUCAACUAGAUCCAGAGGAAAUUGCAAUAGAGGAUCAGGAGGAUAAUGUAAAACCAACACUCGAAAAGACUAUCAAUACUACAACACUGCCUGGAUCAGAUGAAACCUCGGCGCCAGCACUUGAGGAGGUUGUUGGUGCUGAGUCGAAGUCUGAUUCAGAGCAAAGUCCAGCAGUAGCACUUGAGGAGGUUGCUAGUGCUGGCAUUACUCAAGAUCAAGAGGACGUCAUUACAAUAGAGAAUCAGGCUGUACCCGAGGAAACUGUAGCAGCAACACUCGGAAAGACUAUCAAUACUACGACGCUGCCUGCAUUAGACGAAACUUCGGCACCAGCACUUGAGGAGGUUGCUGGUGCUGAGUCGAAGUCAGCUUUGGAACAAAGUCCAGCAGUAGCACUUGAGGAGGUUGCUAGUGCUAGCAUUUCAACAGAGCCGGAGCCUGCUUCAGUAAAAGAGGAGAAAAAGGAAGUGGCAUGCGAAGAGGCAUUGAAAAUACAGACUGAUGAGCCACUACCAGAUCUUUUGACAUGUGAAUCUUGCUCCAUAGCAGAACGUGAGGUAAAGAAAUGGUACAAUGCCGUUGAGAUGCCCAACAACCCGUAUGCGCCGGAGGCAUUGAAGCAACGCAUCAGCGGCACACAGGAACGCUUCAUGGAUGUGCCCAAUAUAAGUCCCAGUGCGGAGCACAAGGCGCUGGCGCUGAUGGCGAAUGCAGCAAACAAUGGAGAGCAGGAGCCAGCCAAGGAGGAUUACAAGCGAUAUAGUCGAGAUUAUUACAUUAACAAUGCUCCAUUGGCGACCACGCCCACUCGCACCGCCUCCUUGGCAUGCAGCAGCAGCAGCAACAGAAGCACGGAGCCAGCGGACGAGGACAUUGUCAUCAAUGAGGCUCUCAAGACAAGCCAAGCCGCAGUCGAACAGCCAGAGGCGCCACUGCAACAGGAGCAGGAUAAACUCCCCGAUAUGUCCACAGACAACAAGUGUAUUUAUACAGCUCUGCCCGCCCAGGUGCUGGACGCGGGCAGCCUGGAUAGCCAAUCGAAUCAAUCAGUGCUAACGACUAGCGAUGAUUCGGACACCGUGCGUAUCUACGAUUUCAAUAAGCAGGAGACGACUGUCCUGAAGACGAGCACGUCCACAACUACGUCAUCUAUGGAGUCGGCUUUGGGCGGGGCAGCCACCACCAACACCUCCUCCUCCUCCGCCGCUGACGCCAACAGCAAUAGCAGCUCCAUAGAUGCAUCACGUAAACGUGAACGGCCCGUUGUGCUGCAAUUCGGACCUGCAGACACAACGCCCAAUGUCUGCUCUUCGCCCACGGUGACACCGACCCGCGGCUCAACGCCGCCAGCUUUUCGUUUUCUGCAGCCAAAGCGACGGCUGAUUGAGCCAAGUCAAGUGCUGUCUAUAGACGAUGAUGAAAUGCCCGAGGCAACAACUACGCCUUUGGAUAAACCUGCUAUUGAGGACGAUGUAGUGCACGCCUUGCCCUCGGUCAAGGCUCUAGCACAGGCUUUCCUGCUGACCAGUAAACGCGUGCAGCCCGAAAGACGUUGGCGUGCCAAGACACUGCAACAUCAUGCCAAGCUAAUGACACCACCGCCCGAUACACCUGAGAAGCCCUCGACGCCGCAGUCGCGCAGGCAAAUGCUGCAACACGCCGUCUCCAUGGCUGAGGUGGCCGAUGAAUCGACUAUAUCGUCCGAUUUAUCAUCCCUGGAAACCGAUCCCUCCCUGCAUUCGGAUGGGCAACCAUUAGCCAUACCCAUUGCAUCGCCUGCAAGUCCAGUGCCCGUUCGCCGUGGAUUCCUUCGCAGCAAUAUUGCUUUCUUUGAAAACUUAAAGUUUAAGUGAAUAUUGAAUUUAAUUGAAUUUACGCUGUACGAUCGCCAUUCGCUGAUAUUCCACAAGCAGUCAAGGAAUAUGCACAUCAAUGGCGCACAGCAUCCCGCAUACCAAAAUGAACACCAAAUAUCAAUAAUCAUGUGCCAUGGCCACCGAGGAGAAUAUUAAUUCGAGUAUUCAAGACAGUACUUAAAACUAAAUUGUAUGCCCAGUGUGCGCGCAUAGUUAGCUUUUAAUUUGUAUUUAUUAUAGCUAAACUUAAUUACUUAUUAUAUCCAUGGAUACUAUAAAUUAAAUAUUUAAUAUAUUUUAUUUAGCUCUACGACAUGUAUUUCGAUUUAAGCCAUGCAAAAGACCCUUUCUAUCGAUAUCGAU